AUGCCGAGCUAUGCAAAGUUCCUCAAGGAUGUUGUCUCACAAAAGAGGAAAUGGGGGCAAUAUGAGACGGUCAACUUAACGGAGAGUUGUAGUGCAAUUAUUCAAAAGAAGCUACCGGCCAAGAAGUCGGAUCCGGGGAGCUUUACUAUUGAGUGCACUAUUGGAAAUUGCUUUGUGGAGAAUGCCUUGUGCGAUCUAGGUGCUAGCAUCAAUCUUAUGCCAUUGUCCUUCUUCAACAAGUUGAAUAUUGGCAAGUUGAAGUCCACUAGCAUUACUUUACAAAUGGCCGAUAGAUCUAUAUCAUAUCCCUCGGGCAUAGUUGAAGAUAUUUUGGUGAGGGUGAAUGACUUCAUAUUCCCCGUUGACUUUGUGGUGUUGGAUAUGGAAGAGGAUAGAGUUGUACCUCUUAUAUUGGGGAGACCGUUCCUUGCUACCGGGAAGGCCAUGAUAGAUGUUUCAAAGGGAGAGCUUACACUCCGCCUUAAUGAUGAGAGUGUUAGAAUUUGGCUUAAGGUCGAGAAAGGUUAG